UAACCGUUUCACACGCUUUUCCCAGCGCGUGAAGCCACUCGCCUCUCCCAGUUCAAACUUGUCAGUUGUCAACCCCUUUUACCUGUUCAGCCAACUAUCUCCCCGCUGUCUUCUGCACACAGUAGAGCGUGUGUCUAUAUAUAUAGAGAGAGAAAUGCACAUUUCUUCUCCGUGUUGAGUUCUUGCAAAGCUUUUUCCCCCUUUUCCUGGCGAAGUUUCGUUUGCUGCAUAAGUUUUUAGAGCUCGUGGGUUUCACGCGAUUUUCAUCUUUUGAGCUCUCUCAAAAAAGUGUUGAGCGUUUAAAUAGGUUGUGGUUGAUUUUUGCUUAUUUGAUUUUAGGCUAUAAAGUCUGAUUCUUUUACGUAAUUUGGGGGUUUUGAACUUCUAUUUCUUUUUCAUUCUUGUUAGCUGUAGACGUGGGUUCCAUUUUGAAAAUUCAUAAGCUUGUCGUGUAAAGUCGAAAAAACACGUGAUCUCUUGCAGCCAUGAGUUCUUGAAUCGUGAUUUGCAGAGGUUGCUUACAGAAUUCUUGCAUAAGAUAUUCAAUUUAGAAUUUCUUCAAAUCUUGUGAGAGUUGGAUUAAGUUUUGCAAUGGAGUCUGAAACAACCCCCGCGAAGUUCACUCUGUGGAAGCAAUCGUCGAUGGCUCCGGAGAAGGAGUACGAGGAGCUUGAUGAUCUGGAGGAGCAGGAAGAGAAUGAUGUGAUUGACAUUGAUCCAGGGUUGAAGCUUAUGUAUUUAGUGAAUGGGGGCGAUUUGGAUGGCAUUAAGGAGCUCUUGGAGUCCGGCGUGGAUGUUAAUUUCCGCGAUAUUGAUCACCGGACUGCACUUCAUGUUGCUGCUUGCCAGGGCUACGAUGAUGUUGCUCAGCUGCUACUUGAAAAUGGGGCUAAGGCGGAUUCGUGUGAUCGGUGGGGAAGCAUGCCGCUCGCAGAUGCCAUACAUUAUAAAAAUCAUGGUGUAAUCAAACUAUUGGAGAAGCAUGGUGCGAAGGAUCUUAUGGCUCCCAUGCAUGUUGAAAAUGCUCGUGAGGUGCCCGAAUAUGAGAUUGAUCCCAGUGAACUUGAUUUCAAUGGCAGUGUUCAAAUAACAAAGGGAACCUAUAGAAUAGCUUUAUGGCGUGGAACAAAAGUUGCAGUGAAAACUUUUUGGGAAGGAAUUGCUGAUGAGGACAAAGUCACGGCUUUUAGGGAUGAGCUUGCAUUGCUUCAGAAAAUCAGACAUCCGAAUGUUGUACAAUUUCUUGGCGCUGUAACACAGAGUAGUCCGAUGAUGAUUGUGACAGAAUACUUACCUAAGGGUGACCUCCACGAAUAUCUGAAGAAAAAAGGUUCGCUUAAACCUGCAACGGCUCUCAGAUUUGCAAUGGAUAUUGCCAGGGGAAUGAACUAUCUACAUGAAAAUAAAUCCGGAGCAAUUGUUCACCGUGACCUUGAACCUUCGAACAUCUUGUUGGACGACUCUGGGCACCUAAAGGUUGCCGACUUUGGAGUUAGCAAGCUUCUUAAACUUGCCAACAGAAUCAAAGAAGACGCACCUCUUUCUUGUCACGAUUCUUCUUGUCGUUAUGUAGCUCCAGAGGUCUUCAGAAAUGAAGAGUAUGACACGAAAGUAGAUGUAUUCUCGUUUGCAUUAAUUUUACAAGAGAUGAUUGAAGGAAAUCCGCCAUUCUGUUCAAAGCAAGACCACGAAGUUCCCAAAUAUUAUUGCGAAAAAGAACGCCCUCCUUUCAAAGCCUCAUCCAAGUUUUAUGGCCACGGAUUGAAACAUUUGAUCGAGGAAUGCUGGAGCGACAAUCCAGCUGAUAGACCGACGUUUAAGCAAAUCAUUCCCCGACUGGAUGCCAUCUACAACAGAUUUGGCCACAGAAGGAGAUGGAAGUUGUUGGAUUUAAUACACAGGUGAUGAGGCCAUUGAAAUGCUUCCAGAGUUCAGAUUGGAUGAGAGACGGUUCGAGCCGAACGCAUUCGACUCGGUCGUCGUGAAACUGCAGCAGCGUUUGAUAUGCAGUUGAAUUUGAUGUUUGAAGAUAAACUCAUGUUGUUGUUGCUUAUAGUGAAAGUGAAUACUCUGCUGUUUAUUGUAAGUGCCCACGUUGUAUUAGAGAAAGACGUUAGAAUGAGUUGAUCUCAGCUUUCAUGUGAUUCUUUUUAAAUUAGUGGUAAAUGUGAUGUUACAAGAAUAUUGUCCAUGUAUACAUAAAUUUACCCUCUCUCUGACGAAA